AUAAGAAUCAUGCUUCACUGCUAGAAAUUAGAACUGUGGAAAUUUCUAUAGAACUAACAGUGUGGAAUCUUCAUAGAAUAAAAGCUUCAGAAUCUCUAGUUUAUAUCUUAUUUUUUUCUCAAGUAGGAAAAACAGCCCAGAUUAAUCCCAAACAAAAUGAUCUUAACCUAAAAUAGUUUACUAAAGUCCUCCCAAAUGUCAGAGAGAGAUCUUAAGACUAUAAACUGAAUAAGGGUCACGAAGUGGUCCAAACCACAUAAGUGGUAGUUUUAAACAACGAAGCUGCUGCACUCUGAAAAUGAAUGCAUCAAAGAGGAAAUAACCUCCUCGGCAAGCUUACAGCUACACAGCACGUUUGUCUCACUGCUUCCAAAUGCGGUGCUGGAGGCUCUGCAUUAGUCAAUGGGAGGAGGACUUCAGUAGCAGCAGCAGCAGCAGUGAGUCCACUGAACGGAUAGACAACAGCAUGCUCCGCAAAGUCACAAGCAAAUGAGAGGAAGGAGUCAACUUUGGCUUUGAAUGCCUGGCCUGGAUACAAUGCCUUAAAAAAGGAGAUGACCAGCUUAGCUACUGACCAUGGAUUGAAACAUAGAAAACUGGAACUGGAUUGAAUCACAGAAAAACGGCGAAUGGCUUUCUCUUAUACAAUGUCUGAACAAAACCUAAUUCCCAAGCAUGUUUUGCAGAGCACAUUCGAUGACUUAAUCUCUUCUAACUGGUCUGGAUUUCAGAAGGAAUUAAUACCAGAGGAAAUGAAACAGAUUGUUGAGGAACAGGGAAAUAAGCCACACUGGGCAGCUCUUCUGAUACUUGUGGUGAUAAUACCCACCAUUGGUGGAAACAUCCUUGUUAUUCUGGCCGUGUCACUGGAGAAAAAGCUGCAGUACGCUACCAAUUACUUUCUUAUGUCCUUGGCAGUGGCUGAUUUGCUGGUUGGAUUGUUUGUGAUGCCAAUUGCGCUCUUGACAAUAAUGUUUGAGGCCAUGUGGCCCCUCCCACUUGUUCUGUGUCCUGCCUGGUUGUUUCUUGAUGUUCUCUUUUCAACUGCAUCCAUCUUACACCUCUGUGCCAUUUCAGUGGAUCGCUACAUAGCCAUCAAAAAGCCAAUCCAGGCCAAUCAAUAUAAUUCCCGAGCUACUGCAUUCAUCAAGAUUACAGUGGUGUGGUUAAUUUCAAUAGGCAUUGCCAUUCCAGUCCCUAUUAAAGGGAUAGAUACUGAUGUGCCUAACCCAAACAACAUCACCUGUGAGCUAACAAAGGAGCGAUUUGGCAAUUUCAUGCUUUUUGGCUCUCUGGCUGCCUUCUUCACACCUCUCACAGUCAUGAUUGUCACCUACUUUCUCACUAUUCAUGCUCUAAGGAAGAAAGCUUACUUGGUCAAAAACAAGGCGCCUCAACGCCUAAUGUGGCUGAAUGUGUCCACAGUUUUCCAAAGAGACGAAACUCCUUGCUCAUCACCUGAAAAGGCAGCAAUGCUGGAUGGUUCUCGCAAGGACAAAACUCUGCCCAACUCAAGUGAUGAAACCCUUACGCGACGAAUGUCCACAAUUGGAAAAAAGUCUGUGCAAACCAUUUCCAAUGAACAGAGGGCCUCAAAGGUCCUUGGAAUUGUAUUUUUCCUCUUUUUGCUUAUGUGGUGCCCAUUUUUUAUUACAAAUAUAACUUUAGCCUUGUGUGAUUCCUGCAACCAGACUACUCUCAAAAUGCUCCUGGAGAUUUUUGUGUGGAUAGGCUACAUUUCCUCAGGGGUGAAUCCUUUGGUCUAUACUCUCUUCAACAAGACAUUUCGGGAUGCAUUUGGCCGAUACAUCACCUGUAAUUACCAGGCUACAAAGUCAGUAAAAACUCUUAGAAAAUGGUCCAGUAAGAUCUACUUCCGGAAUCCGAUGGCAGAGAACUCCAAAUUUUUCACAAAACAUAGAAUGCGAAAUGGGAUUAAUCCCGCAAUGUACCAGAGCCCAGUGAGGCUCCAAAACUCAACCAUUCAGUCUUCAUCAAUCAUUCUACUAGAUACACUUCUCCUCACUGAAAAUGAAGGUGACAAAACUGAAGAUCAAGCCAGUUAUGUCUAGCACAACUGGUACAGUUUUCAUCUAAGCUGAUGAACAAGAUUCCAGGUGCACCAAGAAUACGUAAAGAAGAAUUUUAGGUAACAUGUCAAUCAUCUCUUCAAACUAAGAGUUAAAUAUUACGAUUAUCCAAUUUUCUUAUUUGGACAAAAUUACUCUAUGAAAAAAAUAAUUUUGUACAGCUACAAACAAAAGGAAUCCAGCACUCAGGUUAAAUGUUAUGAUUUUUGAAUGAAAUAAAAUUAGACAAUAAAUUUCAGGCUUAAAAAAUAUCAAUUUCAUAAAAUUUAUUUAGUUCCUAAUUUUAUGCAAAGUUGUGCUAAGAAUGAAAUAAAAUAAGCAAACAUUAGCCUUGUCUUCAAGACGUAAAAGUGUAAGAUGUGAACAAGUGACUGGAGCAAGGACUAAAAAUAAGUGCACAAAACAUCUGGGAGGCAGUUUAGAGAGCCACUUACAGUCUGGUUUAAUUAAAUACAGUCAUAAUUUUCCUUCACUCAGGACACUGUCUUGAUAGAAGGAAUAGGAGGACAAUAGCCAGAUAUCCCAUGUAAUAGGAUUGUAGAACUAGAACUGUUUGUUAAAUGACUAGUACCAGGCACCUAAUCAGCAGAGGGGUCUACUUAGACAAGAAGGAGGUAAAUGAAAUUGCUGUUGAGAAUGUGAAUCACGUUCCUUGGAGGUACUAACAGACAGGCUCAAGAUUGAUGCACAGGACCUCAACGGUAAGCAAUCUCAUAAAAAGACCACAGCUGCCUGUCUUUGUCCAGUGACUCAGUUGAACUGGCACAAAAUUUUUCAUUCACCAUUUUAUUAUUUAUUUUGUACUGCUAGAUCUGGAAAUGAGUCCAAUCUGUGCCACUUAAUGGAAAGCUGAUGAAUUAGCAAAUGAUAUUUAAUUUCUCUGAGCCUCAGUUUUCUCAUCUACAUUUUGUGCAGUUUUUAUGAGGAUACAAUGAAUAUACAGUAGGCACUCAGUGAGUGGUAGCCAAUUCUCUCUACUUAGUUUUGAUUUUUUUAAAAUGCUACUCCUGCAAGUGGUAAACAAAUUUAAGCCGAGGGGAUCAGUCGCAAGGACAGCCCAUACCUUAGCUUUGCAUUUAAAGUUGAUCCAUACUUACGCUUCAGCCUUUUGCUCUAUCACUGACUCUUUCUAGGCAACUAACUGAGUUUAGGGAAUUACCUCAAGAACUGUGUUGGCUAUGGAGAAUGUCAGUGUAAAUGAAAGAGGAAUAUUCCCCCAGUGGCAGAAUCCUUUCCUAGAACAUGGAUCCAAUACACAGAUUCUAGUCUGUAACCUUUACUUAUGGGCUUUAUAUCAUCUGCUAGGAAAAGUAUAUUCUAGAAAUUUAAUUCCUAAAUCAUCAAAGUUUAGGCACUUUUCUCUACUGGUCUAAGUUUUUCAGCAGUAUUUUUUUGUUUUUGUUUUUUGAGACAGGGUCUUGCUAUAUACAGGCUGGUCUUGAACU